GACCUCGACGCCCACGAGCAGCCCUCGGACCAGAUGAAGGCCGAGUGGAAGCACUUCUCGCGCCUCGACCAGACGGUCCUCCUCCAGGAGACGCCGCUCGACGAUCCCCAGCUUCCGCUUGACCAGAGCGGGUUUGUGCUGUCGGGGCACGUCCCGCGGUCUCAGAUAUCAGAGGCGUUUUCGCACUUGGGGUCCGAGUUUGCGGGUGAGGGAGCGGGUGAUGGCGAUGCUCCGAUUUUAUAUCAUCCUUUGCUUCCAGGCCUCCUCAUCCUCCCCUCGCUCAUCCCCCCAGCCGUCCAAACACACCUCCUCAACACCAUGAUCCACCGCGAUCUCAGCAAUCCCACCCACCAAACAAACCUCCACCUCCACUACGACCUCCCCUACCCCCCUUCCUCAGAAUCCUUCUUCUCCCUCUCCCCAGAGUCCCCCCCCUCAUUCCUCCCCAAAGACCCGGCCGUCCACAACCCCCUUUCCAUCAAACAAGUCCUCCAACGGCGUCUCCAUUGGGUCACCCUCGGCGGCCAGUACGACUGGACGAAUCGUGUCUAUCCGGAAGCUGCUCCGCCCAGUUUUCCGGAAGAUCUCGCGUCGUUUCUAAAGGCCUUGUUCCCUGAGACGCUCGCCCAGGCUGCCAUUGUCAACUUUUAUACUCCGGGAGAUACAAUGAUGAUGCACAGGGACGUCAGCGAGGAAAUCGACAAGGGUCUCGUCAGUCUGAGUUUCGGAUGCGACUGCCUAUUCAUGAUUGCGCCCAGUCGCGGCCCCGACGACGAACAAGGCCAAGAUCAAGAAUCUGAACAAGACAAAGAGGGGCAAAAGAAGAAAUAUCUUCUGCUGAGACUUCGCUCCGGGGACGCCAUCUACAUGACCAAGGAGUCGCGCUACGCUUGGCACGGCGUACCAAAAGUAAUGAAGGGCACAUGCCCGGAUUAUCUGGCAGAUUGGCCUGCCGGAGGAGAAAAUGGAGAGUUUGAGCAGUGGAAGGGCUGGAUGCAGAACAAGAGAAUCAACCUGAACGUGAGACAGAUGAGAUGA